UGAGCUGAGAGUAAUGUUACAGAUUGGGAGAAGUGAAGAGGCUGCGUAUCGAUCUCGCUCGCUCUCACAGCCAUUGCAGUACAUUGAGCUCCAUAGACACAGCAUUGGAAAUCUAUCAAAAUGGGGAAAGGUGAUCCUAAGAAACCAAGAGGAAAGAUGUCCUCUUAUGCUUACUUUGUGCAAACUUGCAGAGAAGAGCACAAGAAAAAGCACCCGGAUGCAUCUGUAAACUUUGCAGAGUUCUCCAAGAAGUGCUCAGAACGAUGGAAGACUAUGUCUGCUAAGGAAAAGGGCAAAUUUGAAGAUAUGGCAAAAGCAGAUAAAGUUCGUUAUGAAAAAGAAAUGAAAACUUAUAUACCGCCCAAAGGAGAGUCAAAAAAGAGGUUUAAGGACCCAAAUGCACCAAAGAGACCACCAUCGGCUUUCUUCUUGUUCUGCUCUGAAUUCCGUCCUAAAAUCAAAGGUGAGCACCCAGGUUUGACCAUUGGAGAUGUGGCAAAGAAACUUGGAGAGAUGUGGAAUAAUACCCCAUCUGAAGACAAGGUGCCUUAUGAAAAGAAAGCUGCCAAACUGAAGGAGAAAUAUGAGAAGGAUGUUGCAGCGUAUCGGGCAAAAGGAAAGCCUGAGGUAGCCAAAAAGGCACCUGCUAAACCUGAAAAGAGUAAGAAAAUGGAGGAUGAUGAUGACGAUGAAGAUGAUGAAGAUGACGAAGAGGAUGAGGAAGAAGAGGAUGAUGAGGAAGAUGAUGAAUAAACCUCUCCAGGAGCAGUUUUGUCUAUAUAGCAUUUAAACCCCCUGUACACAACUCUCAUUUUUUAAAGGAAAAAAAAAAACAAAUCAGAAUAUAAGGAUGUGUAAGAUUUGUUUUUAAUCUGUACAGUGCCCCCCCCCUCCCUACUUUUUUUUUUUUUUUUUGUAUUGUUAACACACUACCAAACAUAUAUGUUUAGAUGGCCCUGUCUUUUAAGUGGUUUUCAGUUGCCACUAACCUUGCCUCGUACAGUAAGGGGGUUGUAAAUUGGCAUGGAAAUUUCAGCAGGCUCAUGUUGGUGCACAGCACAAUUUAGUUUAUAUGGGGAUGUAGUUCAUUUUUUUUCCAUCUUCAGUUGUUAAGCAUCAUUUAUUGUUGUUCUGUUUAACUGAAUACCACUCUGUAAUUGCAAGAAAAAUUGCAACUGUUUUGUUGACAUUCUGAUUGCUUCUAAGUAAAUACAAUUUUUUUUUUUUUU